UCAAGAAGAUACGCCUUAUUCUCAAACUCCAGCUUUUAUUGAGCACACUGUUGAAGGAUCUCCUUCGUUCAUAGAUACUUCGACGUCUCAUUAUCCAAAUCAAGAAGAUACGCCUUAUUCUCAAACUCCAGCUUUUAUUGAGCACAUUGUUGAAGGAUCUCCUUCGUUCAUAGAUACUUCGACGUCUCAUUAUCCAAAUCAAGAAGAUACGCCUUAUCCUCAAACUCCAGCUUUUAUUGAGCACACUGUUGAAGGAUCUCCUUCGUUCAUAGAUACUUCGACGUCUCAUUAUCCAAAUCAUGAUCAUCCUAACGACUUUAUUCGAGGAACGGAGGAUUGCUUUGCUCCAAUACAAAUACAUGAACUGUUCUGGUAA